CAGAUAACGCUGCAGAACAGAUGGCAUCGGCUUCCGCUGCGGCGGGAGCCGGCGCAGAGACAACAAGCCGGAGAGAGUACAUCAUGAGCGAGCUGCAGCAAGUGCGGGAGUUGUUCCCUGCGCCCAUGAUACAGGCUGCUAAUACGAGCUUCGUCCAGGUCGUUGUCAUGCGAACUCCGUACGCCAAGAUCCAAGCGCGGUUGCAGUUUCCGGACGACUACCCGGCUAGGUCGACAUCCCCGAUCGUGGAGCUCACAAGCGCCUCCUUGCCCCAGCCGUUCCUGAGGAAGCUCAUCAAGAGCGCCGAGAAAGCCGCUCGGGGGUGCACCCCGACAGCGGCGAAGAGGGAGGCCGCAGGCGGCGUCGAGACGGGCAAGGCGGUGGCCGCUCUGAAGGUCGUCAUGGACGCCGUGAACAAGAACAAGUUUCUGCCGUGCUGGAAGGAAUUGAGACAGGCGGCAACGCUCGUGACCAGCCUAGGAGGGGGCUUUAUCGCAGACGAGGCAUCAGGCUUGGUGACGAUCCGGGUAAAGUCUGGGCGAUACACCGUAGUGGCGUUGAUACAAGUGCCGGACGGGUACCCGAUGGAGGGCUGCGGCGUGGAGUUAAAGUCGCACAACUUUCCGGCGCAUAUAGCGCGUCGGCACCUCGUGCAGGGCGAGGAAAUCGUCCGACGUUGCCUUUGCGGGUACAGCCCGGAACUAGCGCUCCAGACGAGCAACCCCAUCAAGAUUCCCCCGGGGAGAGGCGGGAAGCCCGCGGGGUCGGGAAACGUCCGCAUCACCAGCGAGCACGUGCGGAACCUGAAGCACGACGUGGAAUUCAUCAAGAAGGCGCACGAUCUGCGCGACGUGGGCGAGGGCAAGAGCAAGCCUAACGCAAAGGUUGCACCGCCGAGCACGCAGGAGAGACGGGCGGCGCGGAGAGAGCUCAAGACCCUCGCCAAGACGGAAGCCGUGAGCGAAGAGGAGCAGGCCAAGAAACUGGCCGAGCUAGAGAUCAAGGAGCAAGAUGAACUCCUGCACUCCCAGCUGAGUGAUACCUCGCAGCUAGCGAAGAGAGUCGUGUCUAACGGAGGGACGGGGAGGCCUUUCGGUCACGAUGGACCUCAUUUUUUUAUUGCGCCCACCAUUAAGUGCCGAACGACCCUCCACUAUCUUGCCUGGUUUUCCACCCAGCCAUCGCUGCUGCCGCUGGUCGAUUUCCUGGUGAACGUGUUUGGAUGGAGACUUCCCCAGGAGACGUGUGUCGCGGUGUUCUGCGGGCAUUGGUUCCACUACGACUGCCUCCGCGUGUGGAUGACCGAGCCACCGUUCGCGAAGGACUGCCCUCGGUGUGGGCACCGCGUUUACCACCCGGACUGGCCGCAGGAACCGAAGCAGCUGGAGAAGGCAUGGGCGAACAGGCAGGCGAAGCGAAGGGAGGUCGGAGAAGUGCGAGACUUCUUCACGGUGGAUGCGAGGUUCCAGACCGGGGCGGGGCAGGGGGACGACUUCGAUGCCUUCAGCUAGUUUUUUUGCGACAAUAAAUAUGCGUGUCUGUGUCGGUGGGACUCGUGACGCACGAAACAAGUUACCUUGUGGCACGGAAGCCUUACCACUCUGUAGUGUUAGUUGUGUACUGCCCUUUGUU